AUGGAGGCGCUAAGCAGGAUGAUUUCAGCCUUGGUCCUCAACGGGAGGGUGUCAGGGUAUUCAAUCGGACCUAUAGGAGGGGGCUCUAUGAACAUUUCUCAUCUCUUUUUUGUAGAUGACAGUCUUUUUUUCUGUGAGGCAAACCGUAACCAGGUUCAAGUAUUGAAGGCCCUUUUACUUUGUUUUGAAGCAUCUUCUGGGUUGAAAGUGAAUCUGGACAAAUCAAAGAUGGUGCCUGUUAGGAGUGUUCAGAAUCUAAGACAGUUGGCUAAUACCUUGGAGUGCAAGAUGGCCUCACUUCCUAUGACAUACCUUGGCCUUCCGUUGGGAGCAGCCUCAAGAGCGGCCUCCAUUUGGGACAUAGUGAUUGAGAAAGUAGAGCGCUGCUUAGCAGGUUGGAAGAGAAUGAACCUGUCGAAAGGUGAAAGGAUUACUCUGAUAAAGAAUACACUAUCCAACCUACCGACGAUCGCUAAUGCCAAAGACAUUUCAGUGGAGGAAGUGAGGGUAAUAGCAGGGGGACAAAUCCAGUGGAACAUCAAUUUCAGCUGGGCAGCAAAUGAUUGGGAAAUGGACAGUAUAGAAGCUCUUCUUAGUUUGUUGUAUUCCCUUCAAAAUAAAAAUUAG